GAGAUUUGGGCUGGCACACAGCUCCAAACCAUAUCAGUAUCGCAUUGUUAGUUAAUGUGGGAUGUGUUACUGCUUAUCUGCCAAGUAGGCUGCAAACAUUUCGAAUGCUGACAUGGUGUCUGGUGCUUCACUCUUCCCUUCAUUGUUACCUGUCCAGUGUCUUGCACCUUGUUUAAUCAUCCAUUACACAGAGACCUUCCCCUGGUGCCUAAUAAAUUCUGCCAGGCAUUGUGGGGAGCUGAGAUGGAGGCAAAGCCAUUUUCUCAAAGAAUGCUCACAUAUGGGUUGUCCACAGAACACCCAUAUAGACGUAUGUCUAAUACCAAUGCAAGUGAGAGGAAGGAGUAAGAUAGAAGCAGUGCACACCCCAGGCACUUCUUUGAUUUGUCGCAGUCUCAGGUACACCUGCUAUUUUUGUAAGUGGCUCGUGUUUUUCUAGUAGGACCUGGACCACUGGAGAGACUCCUCAGUUUACUGAUAAUUCAGAGUGAACAAUGUAUUCCCUGAUGGGUCUAAGUGGCUGGUUCUGUUGAAUUUUGAUAUUCCAGCAUUACCCACCCCGUCAUUUCCCUAGCCAACAAAUUCUCUCCCUAUGUAUGUAUUUGUUCAAUGAAACUACAUGUCGUAAGAAUUGCCAUUUAUUCUGCUUCCUGGUGAGGAAGGAAGUUGCAAGGUUUGUCCAUAUUUAACCAGGGCUGGAAAUGUCACCCGUGGCUGCCAAUCCUGCACAUUUCCACAGGGGAGCUGGCAUGUAUGGGACUCGUACAUAACAAAGAUGGAGAAGGUAUGGGUGCAGUAAGAAGGGAAUUGUACAAGUGACAGCCUCACAGACAGCAAACAGUAGAGAUGUUUGUUCAGGUGAUACAAGAAAAAUGGGGAGCUCCCUUGAAAAGCCACCUAAUUCUAAAUAAAAUGUACACAGCAUAUGGAGCUCUGCCUUGAUGAUGAUGGCAGUGGUUUACCUUGAAAUAUAUAAAUUCAAUACCCCCGUUAACCUGAAGUGCUCUAAAAUCUGCUGUGUGGGAAGUGACUACUGAGCCAGGAGAUCAAGAUACUACCCCGUUGUUGCCAGUGGUUCGAGGGCUGCUUGGCCACCUGCAGCAUCACCAAUAGUACACACAGAGUUUCCAGAUCUCUCAGGUAUGAAACUAGACUCUCAGCAGCUAAGCAUACACAUCCUCUUCCUUCUGCCACUGUGCAUCUAAUCCUUAAUGUGGUGGACUUGCGAUUUGUUGACAGAGGUCUUUCCACUAUCUGUGAAGCAUCAGGAUAAAAUGUAAGGAAGUGUAAGGUGACUAAGUAUGAACGAGCAAAUAGUAAUGAGACUUUCAGAUUGAAAUUUUGCUCUAUUUUUUCAAAUCAAGAAAGUUAGACAUUUGCCAUUUAUCCUUGUCUCUGCUGCACCCCCCAUGGGCUGCUAUCCUCUGGGGAUAUCAAUAAUCUGGCAUUUGGUUUCCCAUGAGAAGAGUUGAGGAGAGAAAUGGAGGCAUGGGCAGGAGAGGGUUAAAUCUAAAGCUGGGUUUCCAGACAUUUGAGGCAGAGCUUUGUGUUACUGCAAAAUAACCUGUUCAUUAGGAAUUCUGCUGCAUCAUCCUUGGAACUUAAAUUCCGAUUUUCAUCCUAGUGGGUAUUUUUGUAAGUCAGUGAAUAGUAUUAACUUAAACUCUGAAAAAAUGGGACGAGCCUGUGACAGAUUUAGGAAGCACGGUUGCAGUCGUUCCUGUUUUAGAUUAUAGUAAAUUCCUUCUGCAUGCAGCUCACUUUUUGUGCAUUUUCUUUUCCUCCCUUCCUCAUAUUCAUGAUCCCUUUGGCAAGCGGUGUCCAUCCCUCCUGCCCCAGUCCCGUGAGUGGCUGUGAGGACUCGCCCUACAGAGCCUUCCACAGCUGUAGAGCCUUGUUUCUCCCAAGCCCCCUCCUCCCCCCAAGUCCUUCCUGCCCUGUGCUGAGACCUGUGCCUCAUUUUCCAGCUCUUCUGGGGCAGGGUGUCAUUACUUGAAAGAAAAUUAGAAAGCAUUUUAUGUUGUUUAUUACAGAUCAUUAAUUGAAGCUCCAGUAAACCCAAGGAAUUUAUUCUCUCAUUGAUGUGUGUAUAACUCCUAUUAACAUUAAUAAAGUCGUUUAGGAUCAAAGAGCCAGCAGAAACCCAUAAUAGAGGAUCCAUUUUGAUCCUGCUUCACAAAGUGACUCAUUCCCACAGGGCAUCAACAAGCAUUUUAAAGAUAAUUUUUACAACUCCCUUUUAAAAAGUACAGCAAUUGCUGAAUGUGUCAUAGCACACUCAUGUCCUACAGAAUAUACAUUGCCAGUUACCAUUUUUACAGGACUGCCCCACCCUGGUUGGAAGUUUCGAGGUUUGUCCAUAUUUAACCAGGGCUGGAAAUGUCACCCAUGGCUGCCGUUGCUGCACAUAAUCCACAGGGGAGCUGGCAGCUAUGGGACUCGCACAUAACAAGGAUGGAGACGGUAUGGGUGCAGUAAGAAGGGAAUUGUACAGGUGACAGCCUCACAGACAGAGAACAGUAGACAUUUGUUCACCUGAGCCAUUUGUGCCCUGCUCUUCCUCAGUGGUUCUGGACAGGCAGCAUCAUGACACAGAGAACCUAGGGGUAGCGGGAUUUUAGUUCAGAUAUUUGUGAAGCUGUCUGAACCUAUUAAUACCAUUUACCAAUCCUUACUAUGAUGAAAGGACCACAAGGAAACAGAAGAUAUCAGAAAUGAAUAGUAUGUAACUGGGAAAAUAUCCUUCAUUUUUCACAUAAAAAGUGAACACUAAAAAGGAGUUAGAGUUGCGGUUUCUCUGUCCAUGUAUUGGUAUGCUUGUUAUUAGCUCACCUCAAUACCUAGUAAGGGGAAACAUCUCACCUAAGCAUAUCCCAUUUUAAUGUCUCUGUGUUUUUCCCUUCUCUCCCCACCUCUUUUUCCACCUCAUCUUCUGAUUUUUACAAAUGUUCCCCAUGUUUGGGAAGUGAGUUGAGUUUGGGAGAGAGACAGGAGAUAUCUGUACAUUUACGUCUGAUUUGGACAUACAGUUGGCAUCCUUCCUGUGCCCUUUAGUCUUUUCUUAGAAACAUUAAAUUUUUAAAAACUUGUUUAUUUUUGAACAUUGCUUUUUUAGAAUCACCCUGCCUCAAAGGUAGAGAGGAAAAACUGUAAGCGAAUCUUAUUAGAUUUUUGAAGUGCUCAUCAUAAUUGAACUAUUUCCCUAAUGACUAGUAGCAUCUCACCUAGAUUUGUCCUUGUAAUGGUUACUGAACUUUGCAAGAUCUUUCAGUUCCACUUUACUUUUGACUGUUGUUGGAAACAUGAGUAUUCAUUUCUGUCAUUGCUAAUCUGGAUUUCCAAGGAAGAAAAAUAUGAAAUAUCCCUUUAAUCACUGAACUCUACUUCCAACCCUUUAUUUUUUCCUAAAAAGUAAAUAUACAAUUUUUGAAGGAAGGAAACAACAGUAGCUAUUAACAUGUAGAAUCCAUCUGGCACUGUAGAGAUAAAAACAAGCCCAGAAUGCUUUUCACUUAUUCUUCACCACAGUGCCAUGAACUGGGUCAGGAUUAUCCUUGUUUUACAAAUGAGGCAGCUGGAGCCAGAGAGGUGAAGCCAGCCUUUUUCAGAGCCACGCAUCCAGGGAGGGUCAGAGCCCAGAUGAGGUAGGAGAACUGAGAGCAGGUCUGCACAGUUAACUACCCAGCUCAGACUUCCACUGCAUCUUGUAAGGGUCAGGGUCUGUAAGACGAUUGUCAACUCGAUGGGUCAUUUGUUCCCAGGGACCCAAUUUGACCCUCUGGUACCUAACAGAGUGCUGGGAGCAUGACGGACACUCAGUAAAUAUUAAAUGAAUGUAUUGUCAAAGCCAAAGAAUUCACUAAAACUUAUCUCGUCCUGGGGACUGCCUUUGGCCACUGCUGAAUCUAUUUUGAAAUUUCUUUGCAGGACCAGUCCUGCCGCUGUUUUAGAAGACAUGUGGUGUAUAUAAAGUUUGUGAUCGUUGGCGGAAAUUUUGGAAUUUAGAUAAUGGGCUGUGUGCAAUGUAAGGAUAAAGAAGCAACAAAACUGACGGAGGAGAGGGACGGCAGCCUGAACCAGAGUUCCGGGUACCGCUAUGGCACAGACCCCACCCCUCAGCACUACCCCAGCUUUGGCGUGACCUCCAUCCCCAACUACAACAACUUCCACGCAGCCGGGGGCCAAGGACUCACUGUCUUUGGAGGUGUGAACUCUUCGUCUCAUACAGGGACCUUGCGAACGAGAGGAGGAACAGGAGUGACGCUAUUUGUGGCCCUUUAUGACUAUGAAGCACGGACGGAAGAUGACCUGAGUUUUCACAAAGGAGAAAAAUUUCAAAUAUUGAACAGCUCGGAAGGAGAUUGGUGGGAAGCCCGCUCCUUGACAACUGGAGAGACAGGUUACAUUCCCAGCAAUUAUGUGGCUCCGGUUGACUCUAUCCAGGCAGAAGAGUGGUACUUUGGAAAACUUGGCCGAAAAGAUGCUGAGCGACAGCUAUUGUCCUUUGGAAACCCAAGAGGUACCUUUCUUAUCCGUGAGAGUGAAACCACCAAAGGUGCCUAUUCACUUUCCAUCCGUGAUUGGGAUGAUAUGAAAGGAGACCACGUCAAACAUUAUAAAAUUCGCAAACUUGACAAUGGUGGAUACUACAUUACCACCCGGGCCCAGUUUGAAACACUUCAGCAGCUUGUGCAACAUUACUCAGAGAGAGCUGCAGGUCUCUGCUGCCGCCUAGUAGUUCCCUGUCACAAAGGGAUGCCAAGGCUUACCGAUCUGUCUGUCAAAACCAAAGAUGUCUGGGAAAUCCCUCGAGAAUCCCUGCAGUUGAUCAAGAGACUGGGAAAUGGGCAGUUUGGGGAAGUAUGGAUGGGUACCUGGAAUGGAAACACAAAAGUAGCCAUAAAGACUCUUAAACCAGGCACAAUGUCCCCCGAAUCAUUCCUCGAGGAAGCGCAGAUCAUGAAGAAGCUGAAGCACGACAAGCUGGUCCAGCUCUAUGCAGUGGUGUCUGAGGAACCAAUCUAUAUCGUCACCGAGUAUAUGAAUAAAGGAAGUCUACUCGAUUUCUUAAAAGAUGGAGAAGGAAGAGCUCUGAAAUUACCAAAUCUUGUGGACAUGGCAGCACAGGUGGCUGCAGGAAUGGCUUACAUCGAGCGCAUGAAUUAUAUCCAUAGAGAUCUGCGAUCAGCAAACAUUCUGGUGGGGAAUGGACUAAUAUGCAAGAUUGCUGACUUCGGAUUGGCCCGAUUGAUCGAAGACAAUGAGUACACAGCAAGACAAGGUGCAAAAUUCCCCAUCAAGUGGACAGCCCCUGAGGCAGCCCUGUAUGGGAGGUUCACAAUCAAGUCUGACGUGUGGUCUUUUGGAAUCUUACUCACAGAGCUGGUCACCAAAGGAAGAGUGCCAUACCCAGGCAUGAACAACCGGGAGGUGCUGGAGCAGGUGGAGCGAGGCUACAGGAUGCCCUGCCCUCAGGACUGCCCCAUCUCUCUGCAUGAGCUCAUGAUCCACUGCUGGAAAAAGGACCCUGAAGAACGCCCCACUUUUGAGUACUUGCAGGGCUUCCUGGAAGACUACUUUACCGCCACAGAACCCCAGUACCAACCUGGUGAAAACCUGUAAGGCCCGGGUCUGCAGAGAGAGGCCUUGUCCCAGAGGCUGCCCCACCCCUCCCCAUUAGCUUUCAAUUCCGUAGCCAGCUGCUCCCCAGCAGUGGAACCGCCCAGGAUCAGAUUGCAUGUGACUCUGAAGCUGACGAACUUCCAUGGCCCUCAUUAAUGACACUUGUCCCCAAAUCCGAACCUCCUCUGUGAAGCAUUUGAGACAGAACCUUGUUAAUUCUCAGACUUUGGAAAAUGCAUUGUAUUGAUGUUAUGUAAAAGGCCAUACCUCUGUUCAGUGUAAAUAGUUACUCCAGUGCCAACAAUCCUAGUGCUUUCCUUUUUUAAAAAUGCAAAUCCUAUGUGAUUUUAACUCUGUCUUCACCUGAUUCAACUAAAAAAAAAAGUAUUAUUUUCCAAAAGUGGCCUCUUUGUCUAAAACAAUAAAAUUUUUUUUCAUGUUUUAACAAAAACCAAUCAGGACAGAUGUUUUUGUUUUCUUUUUUAUAAACAUGAAUAUAUAUAAUAGAUAUGUCUCUGUACAUAUACAAUGUGGGUGCUAACGUGGAGACUGUGGCCAGCCUGGGCCACCAAGCUGUGGGACCCAGAGGGAGGACUUUACUGCCAGUCAGCAUCAAAGCACUGGUGUCAUUCUGAAAACACCAGCGGCCUCAUUUUUGGCUUUUGCAAAACAUGACUUUUUUCAUUUGGAUUGCGCUUUUCUGGUUCACGACUGUACCUGUAGAUGCUUGUUUUCUUUGACUCUUUUCAGGAACCGACCCCCAAGCUGAAUUUACAAGUUCUGUUACCAGUAUUUGCUUCAGCUUACUGCGAUUUGGUCUCAAAACUUAAACAUAAGCAAGCAAAUGGCUGAUACGACCAGGAGAACUGGAAGAUGGAUACCACACAAACUUCUUGUAUAAAAAUAUGAAUGCUGAAAUGUUUCAGACAUUUUUAAUUUAAUAAACCUGUAACCACAUUUAAAUGGUCUAAAACCCAUAGCAUUGUAGUCAUGCCAACCUGCUAAACUUUCUCAUGCAACUAAAAUUUAUGGGGGAAAUGAGGGUGGGGGCUGUACAUUUCCUAUUGUAAAAUAAGUGUUUUAAAUGUCCUGUACUGCUAAUGAAUGACUUCUAUAUGUCCAAGAGUUCUCCAGUGGAAUAACUAUGCACUACUUUACAUUUCAUGGGGAUGCACAGAAACAGAGUAUUACAUUUUUAGUUGCUGUUUGUACCAACCUUGAAUUACAUAUGUUUAACAACAACAAAUCAAAAAUCCUAUUUCUAUUGAGUUUUUAAUACUGACUAGCAACUCUGAAGUCUUAAUUCCUUUUUUGUUAUGAUUUAUUUGUGAGUUUACAUUUUUAAAUUGUUUAACUUUCUUAAUUUAGUAAUUAAAAAGAGAGCAUUUUACAUUU